AUGGGUGAUGGACAUCCACAAAUUAAUACAUACCAUACAAUAUCGAACAUAUCAUACUGGAGUGUAUGUACAGAAUAAUAUGAAAUGCUCUGAGACCAGGUUGUUCAGCAUUACACCUGGACUGCCAACUGUAGCUCAAUUCCACCUUGCAAAGUUUGCUUUUCAUUACCUUCUCAUUUAACUUCUCAAAGUAUUGCUAUACAGGACUUCACGGCUGUGUCUCACUCUGCCAUUUUUCCAACUGUUAACGAAGAUGACAUGCGUGGCAAAUAAUUUGAAAUAUUUGUAUCUCCUCCUACUAACAUUACAGCAUUGUUGCAUUAGGUAUUUGUAAAAAUAAUAAUAAUAACAUUCCCAUUAUGAUGAUGAUUCGGGCCUGUUAGUGGUAGUUUUGUGAUAACUGCACUGUGAUUUUAAUUUUGUAAUUAAAAAUAAUAAUUAGGUUAGGGAUUUUUUCUAAACUUUAACGAUCACAACGUCGUUUAAAUGUUCUUACGCCUAGUACAGGCUUCCUUCUUUUCACUCUGUAAUUUAGGUUAGUAUUGUGGACUAACUACAAUGUUGUUGAUCCAUCCUCAGUUUUCUCCUAUCACAGCCAUUAAACUCUGUAACUGUUUUAAAGUCACCAAUGGCCUCAUGGUGAAGUCCCUGAGCGGUUUCCUUCCUCCCCAGCAACUGAGUUAGGAAGGAUGCCUGUAUCUUUGUAGUGACUGGGUGUAUUGAUACACUAUUCAAAGUGUAAUUUAUAAAUUCAAAGGGAUAUUCAAUGUCUGCUUCUUUCUUUUUUACACAUCUACCAAUAGUUGCCCUUCUUUAAUAAUAAUAUAAUAAUAAUAUGCCAUUUAGCAGACGCUUUUAUCCAAAGCGACUUACAGGCAUUGGAAAACCUCUCCGGUCUUUGUGGUUGAAUCUGUUUGAAAUUCACUGCUCGACUGAGGGACCUUACAGAUCGUUAUAUGUGGGGUACAGAGGUGAGGUAAUCAUAUUCUCAUGAUAUCCAUUUAAAGACCAGUGAACCAGACACAGCUCUGGUUUUACUAUUCCUGAAUUUAUUAUGCCAAAUACCUGUAUGGUUAUAAAGAAAUUACUUACUGUGAAGUUAUUUAUACAUUUCUAAAUAAGCAUGUAUAGAGACUCCAUAAAACCACCUGUUCCUUUUCCACACAAUAUCACAGAUGCACUAUAGUGGAAAGGUUUGCAGGGCACUGGAGCGUUCUGGACAAGGGAGAGUGUGUGUGUGCUUGUGUAGGAGGGAAAGUGUGUGUGUGUGUUUUGGCCUUGGUGUCUAUACAGCUGAUCUUCCUGUGGAGUAGCUCAAAGUCAGGCACCAGUGGCAGCCUCUACAUCUCUCCCUCUCCUUCUUUCUCCCUCUGUCUCGACUUCCCUGCAGCUCAGAUUUCCUCUCCAUAUGCCAAAACGUUGCACUCUCUAUUCUAUCGUCUCCCUCCUACUGUGUCUUUCCUCUAUUAUUGUAGAUGGAGACCCAGUGUGUUUCGCUGGCUGUGCAGUGUACUUCUCUACCUGUACUGAGGACCAGACGUUACUAAUACAGCAGGCCACGGUGGAGGAGUGAGGGGUCAGAGAGGUCAGGCAGAUGCUAACCCAACCCAGCACACAGGCUACACACUUCAAUCAUUAUCCAACAGAAGGCCAUGUCCUGGGCUGUUACAGCUGGGUCGCUAACUCCCUUGGUGUAACAUUUAGGUUCAAAGCAUUAUGGGUUGGUUGGUUGAUUUACCUGGCUGGCUCUCAGGGCGUGUUGUGAUGUGCCGUGUCUCUCCCGGGGUGAGUAGGGACAGGGUGGAGGCACGGAAGCAGCCAUUUUAUCUCAGCCGGUAGGCAGGGCCUGGGCCUCAUCAUGGCCUCUCUCUUUGAGGAGCACUUGAUCCGGACAUCACACACACGGUUCUGAUUUCUCCAUACAGACAGAGGACUUUUGUGUACCUGAUGGUUCUACUUAUUUGCUGAUCAGACCACUGAGAGGGAUUGGAUGGUUGGGGUUCAGCUCAGUAUUGUAGCUGGGCAGGGGCUGACUGAAUGACUGUACCCAAUCUAUGUCAUACUGCCUGGAACAGCAUGUGAGAAGAACUGAAUGACCUUAUCUCAACUCUUUCUGCGUUGAAGCAAUGAUGUAUUGAAAAUCAAUGAGCGUCUCUGAUUUGCUGUGUUGUUUCUGCAGGACACAGAGAAGGAGAGCCUUGUCGAGCGAGAGAGAAUCAAGUCACAGAUCUGGGAGCUACGGAGCCACCAGACACAGCAGGGCAGAAAGCUGCACAGGACAGGUGAGCAACGGCACUGUUCAAAGAACUGAGCUGAGAGGUUGAAAGACCAUAUGGAUGGUUGACUGUUUCUUUCCCUUAGCCAGUCCGUAGGUCCCCCCCCACACACACACACACACAGAGACACACAUACACAUACAGUUCAUUUUCUACCUGUUCUGUUCUAUAUAUGGCAUGCUUAUAUGAUCAUGUUUGUCUUAGCUUAAGGGUCAAGUUUGGAUAGGCACUUAUACUUAAACACAACAUUGAUUCAAAUAUUGCCUGUACCUCCACACUUAUGCACCUAGAUGCAAUUUCCUCUGGCCUGCUAGUGAAAAUAGCCAGCCAAUAGAGCCAUUCUGCUGUAGAGGGCGGCAGUGGAGCUGAGACUGUCACAUUGGUUAUCACUGUUUUUAGCUCCUCACUCCAUCUUUAUUUUCAGGUUAGAGGCACCACAGUCAUGGGACUCUGGCUUUGGGUGUGUAGUGAUUUCAUUAACCACUGUUAGAAAACCUAAAUUGAAAACACAGUGAAUGCUUUACUAUAGGUGUGCUAUCUUUAGCCAAGACCUUACGACUUGUACACACACACUCCCCCACACAGAAAGACAUGAGAAAAGACUGGUAAAGGGCUAUGAGAGAGCAGGAUAUAGGAGAGAGGUAUAUCUGAGAGAGCAUGUAGUAGAAUAGAGAAUUUCAAUAGUAACCACACUGCUAACCUUAUGCCUAACCUAACCUUAAAUUAUAUUAAAAAAUAUAAUUUAUUUGUUCAUGAAUUUUUAUGAUAGACUUUGGCUGUGGUAACUAGUGGAAACCCUACCAGAUGGCGCUCACGUUACUGCUGUCCACACUCACUCAGCAACAUUUUACAUUUACAUUUUAGUCAUUUAGCAGACGCUCACAUCUCUCACACUUUGAAUGCCUCUAAAGUGAGCAAGUGUUUGUUGAACCAAUAUACGCCGCCUCUACUGCUUUAUUUUUACUCUAAGGCUAAAGGUAAGUAUUUUUCUGAUCAAGGAACCCACCCCAAUGUUGACCUGAACCUGGCCAGUCCCUGGCUGGGUCCUUUGACUGUAAUUACCUCAUGUGGCCUGGUCUACCCUUACCCUACAGCACCCCGCUCAUCAGCCAGUGUCUGGUAGUAGUGGGGUUAUGAGACGGAACAGGAACAUCCCCCGUUCAAAGGGGAACCACACCUAGUAGUAAUACAUCUGCUAUUUUAAGCACAUACCAGAACAGAACCCUUUCUUGACAUGGCCCUCGCCCUGCAAUUUGGUCCGGGGUGAAGGCAGGGCCAGCGGCAGGCAGGAGCAGACCUCCACAGAGCAGAGGGAUUGUGGGUAGGAGCUGUUUGAAAUGGACGCCGAUACACAGACACAGGAAGUUAGUGGCUGGGAACGGAUAGGGUGGGUUGGGCCGGGGGGUGGGGGGGGCUGUCCUUUUUAACAGAGAGAAGGAGAGCGGUGUCUAGAGGGAGGACUAAACUUGGAAGAUUAUGGGGGUACUGUGGCACACUGUCUGCCACACACACACACACACACACACACACUACCUCUCUCUCUUUUCUUACACACACACCCUCAAAUAUACAGCACAGUCUUGCACACAUAUAUACACUCACACUCCAUAGUGUUGGUGAAAAGGAAGCUUGUGCUCAAUUCAGAAUUGAAUUGAAUGCCGCAUAAAUUUCAAUUAUGGAAUUUGAAUUGAAGUAGUAAACAGGAUACAGAAUUGCUAUUAUAAUUUGAAUGAAAGAAAAUAGAAUUCAAUGAAAUUCAAAUACCUCUUUUAUUCUAUGUUAGGUGUAGUCUAUACAAAUAUACAUCUUGUACAUAAAACAUGUCAUUAUAGACCUGCAUAUAAAAUAUGAAUUAACAAAAGAUUUUCAGGACUAACUUCAAAUGAACGAUCAAGGAAAACAACCUGUAUAUGAAUAUUCUAAGUUAUUAUAUUUCAUUAAUCACUUUUAAAAAAUCACUUAAAAAAAUAUAUUUAUGGGGAAAAUAAUACAUUUCCAAGAAUGCAUUAGUUUUACCCUCAAGUUGACCCCAAAGCCUUCAAAAAGAAGCCAAACAAAUUAAAUGGUUGGUGGAAAUAUAAUUGGCUAUUCUAAGCACCAAGGUAAAAAUAUUAUAUGAACAUUGUUUCCAGAGAAAGGUAAUAUAUUUGGUAUCUGGAAGUGAGACCUGUCAGCUUCAAUCAAACUCAUGUUAUUUGACUGAGUGUAAUUUCUUUGCAUUGCACUGAAUUACAUUUUAUAUCCUGUGGGGUGUGGCCAAUUCAAUUAGAAUUUCAACACAUGAGUUGAAUAGGGGUCAAUUCCAAAAUUCUGAAUUGAGCACAACCCUGGUGAGAAGUCUGUAGUUUAGGAAAUGACCCGUUUGUGAGUGGCUCAGUGGAAUGUGCUCUGUCCCUCAGAUAGUCCCAGGGGAGACUCCUCAACUUUGAACUCGACAAUGUUGUUGCUGUUUUGUUUUUGUGUGUUCGUUAAGAAGGGGGGAGGGGAGGGAAGUCUGUAUUAUGCACUAUUGUGGUUAUUUAAAACAAUCCUCUCAUUAUCUAAGAGCAGUAGGGGUUUUUCCCAGAAACCCUCACAACAGCACACAAUUGACUGGACAUGAUGUACAAACUGCAACAACAUCAAUCACUAGUUUGCAACUCUUUGGCAGCUCCUCCCUUCAACUAUAGGUCUCUUUUAAUUGGACUUGACUGAGGCAUACAAUGAUGUGUCUCUUGUAAGGACACUGUGAUUUUCCCCUCUGUGACCUGUCUUUAUGCAGCUUGUCUGUGGUCCCUGUACAGCCCCCAGAGUUAAAGAUGCUGAGCAGUGUGCAUCACGGGGAGAGUGAGAGACUGAGCGAGAGACUGGCUCUAGGAGGGGGAGGAUGUGGGCACUGCAGUGUUUGGAGUGUGGUUUCCUGAUGAGAGGAGGAGGAAUGAAGGAGGUUGGAUUCAGACCGGGGGAGGGGGAAGUACUUGUCCUAUUUUCUAUUUCACCCCCACUUCCUGUUCCCCUACACUUCCUGCUAGUUGGUUCCCACCUAGUGUUCCGGCGCUUGCGCUCUAAUCUCUUUUACACACACUCACACACAACAGACACACAGACAUCUGGUCCAGGAAUUGAGUCAGGCGUGGAGGAAAUGCCUACAUCCCCUUGUGUCCUCUUUUAUCCCCAGUGACGCUCACAUGUCUCUCACACUGUACUCUGGGGGUGUUUGGCCUCUGCGGAAACCUUUUAAUUUUCACCAGCAGUCUCCAAGUUGUCCAGAAACUGCUCACGUGAUCCUACAUUCCAUCUUGUUUAUGUUAGGUCAGAGAAACUGAAAAAAAUGCAAGAACAGAAUUGUACAUAACAGAGUUGUAUUUCCAUGGUAUGUGUUCCUCGGCACUAUACUAGAUCUACUCAUGGGUAUGUUCCACUCACUGUAUUGUGGUCUUUGUGUUCCGUAGGCUCCAACUCAGGCAUGGUUCUGGUUCUGGACCCCCUGGUGAGGGAUGAGGUCCCGGGGACUCAGCUGACCCGCCCACAGCCCCGGGACCCUGUGACAUCAUCAGAGCCGGACGUGGUCCUAUCCCACCGCCAGCGCUCUGACUCGACAGCCUCAGACCGCAGCCUGGCCUCCAGGCCCCGUCUGGACUCUGGAGCAUCAGAAAAGAGCCUGGGCUCAGCCUUCCGGACCAGGGUGGACUCAGGAGCUUCAGACAGAAGCCAGUGUUCCGCCCACAGAGGCAGACUGGACUCUGGGGCCUCAGAGUCCCGCUUCAGACAGAGACUGGACUCUGGCACGUCAGACUCCAGCAUGGGACCGCCAGCCCCCCUGGGCUCUGAGACCUCCGACAGCGCAGGGCUCCUGUCACGGAAACGGCUGGACUCGGGGACGUCUGACCUGAGCGUGGGCGUGUUCUCUGUGGGCCGGAGCCGAGUAGAACAGCCAGUGGUGACCAUGAGUAGCUCCUCCUCCAGCAUAGAAUCCGAGGCUGAAAGCACCAACCACCAUCCAGUCCAGCCCCGUCAGGACAGCUCCACUACCAACUGUUAUCUGCCUGAUGGGGCCGUCCUAUUCAGGAAAGCCCCAGACUCCCACAGUGGCCUGCUCAAUGGCAGUGCCAAGGAAAGAGGAGACAUCCAGGAACAGAAGGUACAGUCUUGUUGAAUCUGCCUGGCUAAUGCUUGCUGACAUGAUCUGCUGUAUCUCUAGGUAGAACAGUAGAAUAUUUAGGUUCACACCACUAGAGGGGGAUGUUGAGCUAUGAUGGCGUGUCUCCCUCCCUCUCUCUCCUCCCCUCUCUUUUGAAGCACCAGUUCUCAGCAGCAUCUUUGUAACGUCGGCAGCUAUAAACAUAUAAUCUUUCUCUGUACGUGUUUAAAAUAUUUGUUUGACUAUGGUUACUUGGCUACACAAAUAAACCUAGCACCUCAGAGCUGGCCCAAAUCCUUUCUUGUGCUCAGCUGGUUCUGGUUCCCCUCAGAUCUCUGUGUCCCUCACCUGCUGUCAGAGGGAGAGCCACUGGGGCUGGCCAGCAACAGCCAAACACACAGGCAGGAGAUGGCUUCUGAAGCAUUCGGAGUCUCUAUUGUUUGCUUAACGGCCUCAUCAGAGACUAGUGUCAUCAUGACGCCACGUUGUUGCCCUUAUGGGGAGUGUUUACCCAACGCAGGCUCCAGGCUCUUUUAUAGAACCCUGCAAUAUGGUAUGCUUAUCUUCCAUGUGUUUACAUUGCGCUGUGGAGGCUCAGGCACAUCGUGGCCCCAUGGCCCCUCAGCCCAAAAAAGAACAGCUCCAAACGUGCCUCCCUCGUGCCAAACACUGUUACAUAAUGUUGACGUGGAUGUCUCCAUGACCAGCCUGAUCCUCCCUGCCAUCCCAUGGAUCUGCACCACUGUUACAUAAUGUUGACGUGGAUGUCUCCAUGACCAGCCUGAUCCUCCCUGCCAUCCCAUGGAUCUGCACCACUGUUACAUAAUGUUGACGUGGAUGUCUCCAUGACCAGCCUGAUCCUCCCUGCCAUCCCAUGGAUCUGCACCACUGUUACAUAAUGUUCACGUGGAUGUCUCCAUGACCAGCCUGAUCCUCCCUGCCAUCCCAUGGAUCUGCACCACUGUUACAUAAUGUUGACGUGGAUGUCUCCAUGACCAGCCUGAUCCUCCCUGCCAUCCCAUGGAUCUGCACCACUGUUACAUAAUGUUCACGUGGAUGUCUCCAUGACCAGCCUGAUCCUCCCUGCCAUCCCAUGGAUCUGCACCACUGUUACAUAAUGUUGACGUGGAUGUCUCCAUGACCAGCCUGAUCCUCCCUGCCAUCCCAUGGAUCUGCACCACUGUUACAUAAUGUUGACGUGGAUGUCUCCAUGACCAGCCUGAUCCUCCCUGCCAUCCCAUGGAUCUGCACCACUGUUACAUAAUGUUGACGUGGAUGUCUCCAUGACCAGCCUGAUCCUCCCUGCCAUCCCAUGGAUCUGCACUAUUGCCCUGUGUUUCUUAUUGCUGUGUUCUAAUUUAAGCUUCUCUCACUUUUACUCUUUUCUCUCUCUCUCUCUCUUGCUCCCCCCCCCCCCCCUUUCAGGUCAGAUAUACUUUACUCACUCCUCUCAGCAAAUCAAAGGAUGCAGGUAAGCAUGUUUGCAGAUACAAACCUUAUCUAUGUGUGUAUGUAUAUGUAAUCGCCUGACAUUAAGUGGGAGCCAGGGCGGAUUUGUGGCUCUACUGUGAAACUCCACCAGCAGUGUUGAUAACAUCACACCAGAGGAUCAAUGAACUGAGGCCCUUAGUGCUGCUGAGUUAUAGCUGUUCCUUUAAUAUCAAGACGUCUUGCUCCCUGACUCCUAUCAGUUUAAUGGCUUCCAUCCAGAAGAGCUUUGCAGGGCCAGCAUGACCGUAUAGGGCCAGUCAUACAGGGGAAGGGGUGAGGGCGCACCGCUAGAGGAUUGGAUGGUGAGAUAGAAGAAUGCCCUUCUUUAUAAUCUCCUCUCUGUGGCCCCAGACUCCUAAAAGCUUUUGAUUCUCAAGAACACUAAAUUGAGAUUAUUACGAGGGAGGGAAAUGCUUCUCUAAAUGAUUGUGGAGCCUUUCCCUAUAUGUGGUGAAAGCAGACCAUCACUCUACUGUACAGAAAGGAGCAUGAAUCCGGAAACACUCAGGCAACCUAGAAACGGAGCAAAUCUGUCAGCUAAUGGCCUAAGAUGACGCACUGAAGAAGAGGGAGAAUUAGGGAGGGCGAGGGGGAUUGAAGAAAAGGAGGGGGGGGAGAGAGGGGGAGAGCGAGAGAAGGGAAAUCAAGUCAAGGUAUUUGCAGAGAGCUUUAGCAUGAGACGGGCAGUAAGAGUGCUGCUUUGAGUUUGGGGACUUUUAGUCAUAUUGUCCUGCUGAAGACUUUGAAAUGUUUCCAGUCUUUGUAUGUCAGCUGUACCGGGGGGCUGGGUAAUUAACUACUGAGUUUGUAUUACUUGACUGUGUCUGUUCCUCUGUUCUUUGCUACUGUGUGUAAAUCAUUUCCACUCAUGCUUUCUGUCUGUUUUGCAGUUCCUGAGAAGAAAGAGCCGGUUGUCUUGGCACCGUUCGGCCGGGCUAACUCUGUGCGGGACCGUAUGCGUAAGUUCACAGAGCCCAGUCCCAGUGUCCCGGUCCUGAAGAGGGGCUCUCAGUCUCUGAGGAACACGACAGCCCCCAGUGCCCGGGUCCUAGGCAGAGCCACCCAGCUGAGUGAGGGGCCAGCAGCAGGGCCAGCCAAGCAGACAGCAGGGACCACAGCAGUAUCCAUCACCACCCCUACAGACAGGCCCGGGAGACCCCACUUAGGCUCUACAUCUUACUCUUCAUCCUCCUCCUCCUCAAAUAACCAUGUCCAAUGCCAGGGCACAGUUCAUCCAGGGGGCGUGGCCACCAAAUCUCUGCAAAGCGCUGCUCAAUCUCUGAACGCUGUAGGCGGGGCAAAUCAGACGGCUGAAAUGCUGCGGCUAGCCUCGGACGGCUCAAAGGAAGACAAGACCCCAGGGAGAGCAGCUGCACAGCGGGACAGCAAGGGAGCGGCAGACCCCGACAUGAAGACCUUCCUAACUAUCGAGAUCAAAGAUGGGCGCACCACCACCACCUCCUCUUCAUCCUCUAGAGGCAACCUGGCCCCCAUGGCCCCACGCAUCACCACCAACGCCAUAGGACAGAGAGCAGGUAGGAGCACUACCUAACUCUAAACCUAACACUCCUCCCUCCCAAGCAUCACUCACUACUGUCUGAGCAGACUAGGGACAUGAUGUGCUGGUUUGUUUACUGUGGCCUUUGAAUUCCCACCUGAAUCUUAGAAUAGAUCAACAAACAUUACCAGUGGAACAUACAGGGACAUUUUCCAUCCCUCCAGCCCAGUGUACUGCAGCAGAUCAGAUGCACUGUGCCUGUGUGUGGACUGGAGGCAGGCAGUGUAGAUAUGGAUCCUGCUCUUUCCCAGCUCCACCUCUGCAUGCUAAUAUCAGCCUUCAGAUACCACUGGAAUCCCUGUUGCCGUGGGAGACCAGAGACGCCACAGGGGCAGGGGGCAGUCAGCCAGGGGACAGGCCAGGGUCAGGGAGUGUGUGUGUGUGGGAGCAGGGGUCUGCUGUGGAUAUGGAGCAGCAUAGUCUCUGUGAUGGGCAGGCACACUGUGUGGAGGGGGGUGGGAGGGUGGUAUGAGAAUAGGUACACACAACAAUGGGCAGUUAUUGAGUGUAGCUAGCUACUAUAUGGUCUGACAUUACAAUACGCUAUGGUCUCUCUGUGGCAUCCUGCAGAGUUGGCGAUGUCCACAACAGACUAUGGUCUGUGUACCACUGUAAAUGCCAUACUAACACUCACUGUACCGUUGUACCCAGGCAAACGUUGUCAACGCAAAAGUAGAAAAAUGGGCAUUAUCACUACAUUUCCAGGACACCUACUUGUCUGUGUCUGUCAAUACAGUAUGUGUUUCUGUAUGUGUAUGUUAGUGUCUUGGUGCAUCUCAGAAGCAGCCUGCUGUGGAGAUCUGUCCAAACAGCCAGUCCUGUUCUCCAACACUUUCCAGCCACCAGGACCUCUAACCCAAACAGUUUACUUAAGACCCUGCCUGGAGCAGGACUAUUACAGCACCCAGUCAGCCUCUGAUUACCCCUCCCCUCCUCCCAGACCCUCCGACAGCUCCACUGGGCUUCUUCAAGAGGCCGGCAUUGUUGCUUUUAAGCCUCAUUUGCUCUAAUGGCUUUGGGGUCUUUUUUUGGAAGCUCCCUGACUGACUGAAGACAGGCUUGGAUAAUGUCUAGUUCUCCCAGCAGCUCCUAUCAACAGUCCUGGCUGAGUGUGCAGUACAGAAAACUGGAACGGAUCAAACAGGCACUUCUGUUUUAUAGCUGCGGUUAAACUGACAGAGAUGCUGUCUUAUGAUGGCCUCCAGCUUACUGUGUGGGGGUGUUAGUGCACUGGUCACAUGAAAAUGUGUGUAUACAUACAGAGAGGGAUGGAACAUGAGUGUUUAUAUUAGCGGCGGCUUUGUCCAUAGUGUUACUCACUCGUUAGAUAUGAGACCUCCCAUCACCAUGGCAGCUCAUGUCAGUGAGUGAUGGCCCCCUCAGCACACUCAGGGACAUGGGCACAUCAUCAUGUCCAAUAUACAAAAAGAUAUAGGCUUAGGGGCCUUAAGUCCAUUUAACAUUUUAAUAUUUAUGGAUACACACUGGUGGUGUGCUGUGACAUUGUUUUUAAAUGACAGCUUUUGACAUUUCAGCUCCAUGUAAGUCUCUUCCUGUAUGUCUCCCUCUCUCUCCCUGGCAGAGUUGACCCUGGGCCUGAGAGCAACCCCCUUCAAGAUGUCCUCCUCCAGCCUUACCACCGGAUCCUCCUUCAAGGUAACUGUAACAAUCCACUCCUCCUGACCUGGCAGAUAGACUGGGUGUAAUGACCAUAACAUAACCUGUCAAACCUGAGUUCUGCAUGUCAUGCCUAUAACAGCUAUCAAUGUUGGACUGUAAGUUGAACAGUCAUGGUUUACCUCUUGCCUUGAAGUUUCAAUUGCAACUUAAUUUGAUUGAAUUAAAAACCACAACCCAAAGGCCCCUAAAGGCAAGUGCCUCAGAUGCCGAUAGAGAGAUUUUUUAAAGUGUACAAUGUUUAUAGGGAGAGAGGGGUCACAUCUGUCCUUGUAUGAUAAACAUACAGUGAGGGAUGUGCACUGGGAACUCUUCACAUUCUCUUUCUGUCCCAUCCCUCCUGAGAUGCAUCUCUAGCCACUAAACUAGACAAGGACACAGAUUCUUCAUAUUUUCUCGUACCCUAGAAAACCCCUGAGCCCUUCUACCAUUAACCGGGGUUCAGGCACUUUGAUUGGUAGAGAGUCAUCAGGUUCAUUGAUGAUUGGUGCUGAUGUCUCCAGUCAGGUGGGUUAGGGUUAGUUGAGGUGGUGAGCAGAGGGAAGAGACCACCCAUCCCCUCCCACCCCAGGCCCUGCAGUGCCCUGACCUCUCAGAGGGUGAGAGUCAGUGUCCUCAGGGUGCCUACUCUCCCCUCCUUCCAUUAAGGAAAAAGCUCUGUGGUGAUUGAGUGAAUGGAGGGUAUGGGAGAAGUGUAGUCUAGUUUACUCACUCAUUAAUGGUUCUGUAUUCCACCCCCCAUGGAGGGUGGAGCAGUAAUCUGGUUAGGGGAUCAGGGCCGGGCUGGGAGGACGCUGGCUGGGCCUGGGAGUGGGGAGGGGGGACUGUCUCCAUCAGUUAACCCUGCAGUCACACACAUCCAGACAAAUACAGACACAGAUGGGUGGCUCUUACACACAGACAGACUGAGCCAGUCGGACCGAGCCAGUCGGACCGAGCCAGUCGGACCGAGAAAGAGGCAAGAAGGCAUUCAUUCAUUCUGCAGAAGAUGAGGUGUAUGCUUGACUGAGCUAAGCGUUAUCAGGAGUCAGGACAAAUAGGUAACUACAGUGGAGAGUGAUUAGAGUUUAGAGUUUAAUAUGUCUGUGUGUAUGUGAUAUAUUACGAUUAAAUUUAAACUUUUCCAAAUAUCAGUGGUGAAUUUUGGUGCCUCAUGUGAAUGUCAUGGAUAGAACCACUACAUACCGGUAUGUCCACUUUUUAUUGUUUACAGGUAUUAAGACCAUGUGCUGUGGUUUAGAAUGUGUACUUCUGUAAUCCACACUGUUUGUGAAUAAGAUCCCAAGGCCAGUGUUUAUUUUUGUGUAGGCACGCUGGGGACUCUUUUCUUUCAUCCCAAGCCACCAGCAUGGUGCUCUGGAUUAUAGCAUGGUGUAUCAGUUACCGUUACUUAAGCCCUAAAUUGUUAUUAUGCUACUAAUGCGAUUGUUAUACAGCGCUGUCAGGGGUAGGGGUUAAGCCUUUGAACUUGACACAUGCAGCAAAGUGUAACACGCUGUACUUUCUGCUUGCAUUGGCAUGUUAUAUUAGCAUAUUAGCAGGUAGGUAAUGCAGACACAAACGUGGGUGAACAAGCAAGCAGAAAGAACACUGGUAAUGACUGCCGCAUGAGGUCUCAUGUCUUCCAUGAUUACUGUGAGGAUGGGAGAGCCACCGGUGGGCCUCCCCACCCUCCUCACUCUCUCCCUGGGCUCUGAAAGUGAGCAGGGUCCCUGAAUUAUCCUGCCGUCAGGCUUAUUCGGUUAUUAGGCAAUCGUGGAAUUGUGGGAGAUGCUGGCAGUCGCUGUUUUCACUCUGGGUUAGCAUCAAGCAGGGGCUUGCAGUGGUCUAAGGCACUGCAUCGCAGUGCUAACUGUGCCACUAGAGAUCCUGGUUCGAAUCCAGGCUCUGUCGCAGCCGGCCGCGACCGGGAGACUCAUGGGCGGCGCACAAUUGGCCCAGCGUCGUCUAGGGUAGGGGAGGGAAUGGCCGGCAGGGAUGUAGCUCAGUUGAUAGAGCAUGGCGUUUGCAACGCCAGGGUUGUGGGUUCGAUUCCCACGGGGGGCCAGUAUAAAAAAAUAAAAAAUAUGUAAUCACUAACUGUAAGUCGCUCUGGAUAAGAGUGUCUGCUAAAUGACUAAAAUGUAAAUGUAAAUGAGAGUUGGGCUGCUGCACUGUAACUCUUCCCUGGGCCCAGACCCCACCACCUGUCCACACAGUCUCUCAGGCCCAUGGAAGUUCAAGGGUGCGUGACAACGACGUUACCAGGACCAUGGACUUUGUCCAGGAUGAUGGAUUGGCUUCCAGUCCCACCAUCAACAUGCAUUGACAGCAAUCCUCAUUCACAUUCCUCUGUCCUCUAUUGGAUUGUAGGGUUGUCUGAUGUAUACACACUGAUGAAACAGUCCUAUUAUGGAUGUCUUGCAAUCAGAGAUUUGUGAUAAGAGGGUUGUUUUGGAUUAGUUGGUCUUUAUUGGUGUUUGGUAAAGGAGGCUACAGACUGUCUGUGAUCUGUGUGGGUGGUCCUCUGCUCCUCUCUGGUGGUCUGUCCUCAAAACAGUUACUUAAUGACGGCUUACUUUAGGUUGAGAUUAGUUUAUAGACUGGGAUAAUGCAGAUAGGGUAGCAUUGAGUCUGGGCAGAAUAAUAAAAAUGCAUCAACUCUGAAGAAAGCGAGCAAGAAGCAUGUGAGGGAGGUAAAUUAGUGAUGGUAAGUAGAGAACAUUAAAAAUAGGAAGCAUUAAGGAUAGAAAUGGAGGGUAAGUAAGAUCGACAGAUGGGUAAAUAGGGCAGACAGUGAAAGAGGGAGGAUGGAAUAUUGAAAGAGAAAGUACGAAAGGGAAAGGUGAAAGGUGAAACGGAAAGUGAAAAAGAGGGAGUGCUGUAAAGAAUUGCUGCCACCCACCCGCUCAUCUCUGUCACCCACACGUCCAUGCUGUCUGCUGCCCCCGUGCCCUCGGAUAUAAAUAAUGCCAUCUCUCUGUCUCCGCGGCGAUGACAGACAGGCAAUAAGUCGAUUUCCCACGGGCAUGGAGAUCACAGCAGAGCCUUGGGUCACGCUAGUAACACUGUACUGGGUUAUUUGGCCACUGUCCAACAGUGAAUGAUUAACUGUCAGUCCUGGCCCCUUACUGUCAUAUAGCACACUCAUCUCCCUAUUGGCAGCCUGAACAUACUCUCUGAACAUGGGCUACCCCAACCAGCACACAUGUGCCCCAUUGUAUGAACUUUGUAGAGGAAAGGAGAAGGGGGGAGAGAGAGGAGGACUGCCUAUUUUGGAGAUGAUCCUGAUCUGUGGAGCCAUGAAAGUCAGAAGCAGUGUGUUACUGUUUUAUCCCUGGAGGUUUAUGGCCAUCUGGUUUAAAGCUGUGCUCUAAGAGCAUUUAUCCCAUUGUGCUGUUCUUCCCCUGCAGUGGGGCCAGGGUGAAGUCCCAGACGAGCUUGAUUGGUGCGUUCUGGAUAAAGCUGCUAACUCCAUUUUUAGACACUCGUAAAUAACUGCAGAGGGGUCACAAUGGCCAAAGACAUUCUCACGUCUCUGAGACACACAGAAUUAAUGUCUAUCUGAUUCACACAGGCGUGCCUUGGGGCAUAAAUACAGGCACUUGCUUAUUAAACAUAUACAGAACAUCUAGAGAUAUAGAGAACAUCCACACAUGAACAUUGACAUGCACAACACAUGCUCUCUCUGUCUCCGACUCUCUUUCUCGUUCUUCCUCUCCCACACACAUGCUCAAAUACGCACAAACAAAACGGACUGUUUUUUUGACAAGCACACACACAAACCUUGUCAGUGUUCAGAUGCCGCUCUGUGUGUGUUUGCCAGACUAGGGUGAUGUCCUUGACGGAGUCUGACCCACUUAUCCUGGCAUGCCUGGCCACAGUUUCUCUGGACAACUCCCUGUUCCUGGAAGCUGCUCCGCUCUCCUUUAAACCCAGGAAAACACCACUCUCCAGGGUCAGCACACACUAUCAAGGAAUACAAUGAAUGACGAGGGGUUUGAUGAAACCACCAUGUAAAAUGAAUAAAACUGUUUUGAGUUCCGAUUGCUUGUUUUCAGUGAACAGAGUUUAGUUGAGUAUCUAUUUGAAUAAUAUCUCAUUCAGUUUUAGCUAUAUUACUUAGUCAAGCACCAUUUAGGUGUGUGUACCAGAGGUUAAGAACAACAUCACUUGCAGAGGGCAUACCUGUGUUGCGCUAACCUUGUUCACCUGAUAUACUGUAGUUUGAGCUAUUAUGCACACCUACAGUACUGUAAUAUUCUGGAAUUGGUAUAAGCAUUCGAUACACAAACAAACAUACUGGACGCACAUAUUCUCAUGAAGACACAUAGACUAUUCUUGACAGACAAAGCACUUGAAGCAUGCACACGUAACAGCAGCUGGUCAGAUCACUGUGAUAUUCUAUCAGCAAGUUCCAAAGCAAACACACUGCAGAGAGCAGCUGGCCUUUUCCAAGAGCCUUCCCUACAACCAGGGUCAGCCAGAACCAGGUUCAGGUUUUCUAUAGCCCACUGCAUUCGCCACCCUCCGUCUCUCUCUCAUGGCUCUGUGUGCUUCUUAGGUUCUCCUUACCCUUGGUGGCCUGUCCUAUGACCUGACCAAUGCAGCUCAACUGACUCAUGAUGUCAAGCCUGAGAGGCUGCAGUUUGUCAGAAACCGUUUUAGGGGAGUGAAACUAGCUGAGCCCUCCCAGUCGGCCAGGCCCAGAGCCCCAUCCAAACACCCAGUUGCCUGCCAAUCAAGGUGUGAAGGACAAGGGCUCUAA